AUGACGGGCUUGGUUCUAUUAGUUGUAUGUGGGUUUCUGGGAAAUGCAUACGGUGUAGGGUACCUUGGCAAAAGACCACCAACUCAGGGUGCCUGUUAUUAUGACAAUAUCUAUGCUGCUCAUUUUAGUUACAAAGGAGGCGCUUGUGAAGGACCGUAUGAUUGGUGCAGAAUAAGCAAAUGUUGGUCGACAUGUGGCUCAUACAAGAGACAAUCUCCAAUCAACAUAGACACAUACAGGGCAAAACAGAAUCACCAUGGAUACGUGCAGAUAAAGAAUUUCAACAAAAAGGUUCCUGCCUAUAUCUAUAACAAUGGACACUCUCCGAGCUUUGAAGUGAAGCUAGAUUACUACAAGAGAGGGGAUAAAAUAAUUCUGACAAAUGUUCCUGGCCGACCAAAAUAUAAGGAAUAUGUGUUUGCUCAGCUUGAGAUGCAUGCCGGGCAGGAUGAAUACAGAGGAUCGGAACACUCAAUCGAUGACUAUUUCUACCCUAUGGAAGCCCAGCUGGUAUUUUACGACAGUAAAUAUUCCAACUUGAACCACGCCCUCUCUUAUCCCGACAGUUUGGUAGUCAUGGCGGUCAUGGUUGAGGUAAGCAGAGGCUAUUAUCAGCCUUCAAAUGACCACAAUGACGAUGAUGGUGAUGAUGACGAUGAUGAACUUGGAUGGGGAAAAAGAAUAACACGUGGAAAAGAUGGAUUUCUUGGACGGAAUUACUACAAAGGGUAUGGGAAGUGCAGAUUCCAGUAUGCACGCUCUUUGAGCUACCUUAUGGAGAACUACUUCACGAAGAUUAGGAAGCAUUAUCCUCUGGGGCACAAACAUUUUAGUGACUAUCGACCAAAAGAUCUUCGAUGUGGCUUGAAACCAGGUCAUGACUACAUUCAACGCCAUUGCUACAGAAGAAACACGUACUAUGAUCAUAGACAUCAUGUGAAUUAUGGGAUUUCUCCGGCGGAUGUCCUUCCAUAUGAUCAGAGGUUCUACACAUACGCCGGAUCUUUGACUUCGCCACCUUGUUACGAAACUGUUCAAUGGAUUGUCUAUAAGUGUCCAGUUACUGUCUCAAGAAAGGCUUUCCAAAGUCUCCAGUAUAUAGAAGAUUCUCAAGGAGAACCUCUUUAUAAGUUGGGUGUUCGGAGACAAAUUCAGAAAAACCAUGGAUACAUUCACGUAUAUAGCAAUUAUUGAAGAAUUCAGCUUAAACUUUACAAAAGCUGAAAAAUGGAAUUUCCCUAAGUGUAUUUUGCAAUCAAAUGCUUUGACUUUGAUGUGAUAUUAUCCCUCCUUUACUUCUUCACUUUUUGUGCUUUGUUUUUGUUCGGAUUGAUUUGUUUUGUUUUUUGUUCAUUUCUUUUUGUUGUUUGAAUUCG